ACAGCUGAAUGUAGAAAACCUACCGUCGUUGUUUGUCGUUUUAUAAAUGCGUGUUUUGCUAAUUAGCUAAUUGUGGGAUUAUUUGGUGGUUCCAGACCGCCGUUUGUGCUAAGACUCAGAGUUAAACCCCACCACAGGUUUAAAAAAGUGUGGGUGGCUCAGGCAGGAGAGCGAGCAGGUGGAAGCCGCUCCGUGUCGCUGCUGCUGCCCUUCAGUGAAACACAAUCCCGUCGGGGGAGGACGAAACUCUGCUCAGCGAGCAAGCAGGGAAACGCAAACAUCAACUUAAUUCACCGGCGCCGAUUGUUUGAAGACGCAGAGGAAGAAGCCAAUCCGAAGUGGGAUUUAUUCUUCCGCGUGUGUGAAGGGGAAAAACAAACAAGCAAAGAGAGAAAACUUCCUGAAAUGACCGGGAUUCUGUAAGACCGUGAUCUUGACAACCCGGUGGAUCGAGUUUACGAAGAAGUGCUCUCAUAUUUCAGCUGUCUCCCAGCAGCGAGGGGACUUGUUCGGAGCUGGCGCACGGGGAAUGAACUCUUCGGACCGCUAAUCAUCUUUGGACUUUGACUACGCUUUAAAGCACAAUUUCUCCCUCAGUCCACAGCCGAUAGAGCCCGUACACAAAAAGGAGUUGUUCCUCAAGUCCGCGGCAAUGGGGGAGCAGCCGAUCUACACCACCAGGGCCCAUGUCUUCCAGAUCGACCCGACCACCAAGAAGAACUGGGUCCCUGCCAGCAAGCAGGCUGUCACAGUCUCCUAUUUCUACGACAGCACACGUAACAGCUACCGCAUCAUCAGCGUGGAUGGAUCCAAGGUGAUCAUCAACAGCACCAUCACACCCAACAUGACGUUCACCAAGACAUCGCAGAAGUUUGGCCAGUGGGCGGACAGCAGGGCCAACACUGUGUUUGGACUGGGCUUCGCUUCGGAGCAACAGCUGGCCAAGUUUGCUGAGAAGUUCCAGGAGGUAAAAGAAGCAGCCAAGCUAGCAAGGGACAAAUCUCAAGAGAAGGUGGAGACGUUGAGUAAUCACUCCCAGGAGUCUGGACGCGAGACGCCCUCCACCAACCAGGCGUCCAGCAUUAAUGGGACAGAUGAUGAGAAAAUCUCUCACGUCGGUCCGGAUGCUGCUGUGCUGAAGAGCGAGAACGAGCGUCUGAAGAGCGCCGUGGAGCAGAGCAACACCAACGCCAAGAAGUGGGAAACAGAGCUGCAGACUUUAAGAGAAAAUAAUGCCAGGCUGGUGGACGCACUGCAGGAGUCCUCAGCUAAUGUAGAGAGCUGGAAGAAACAACUUAGUGCCUGCAAGGAAGAGAGUGACACGCUCAGGGAAAAGAUCGCAGAACUAGAAGCUCAGUGUAAUGAAGCCAAUCAGGAGAAGCAGAAAAACGCCCAGCUGAGCGUACGAGUGCAGGAGCUGGAGACCGAGCUACAGGACAAGGAGCAGGAGCUGGAGAACCUGAGGAAGCAGGCCGAGAUAAUCCCUCAGCUCAUGUCUGAGUGCGAGAGCAUCACCGCAAAACUGCAGGCCGCAGAGAUGAAGAACAACGAACUGGAGGGGAGGAUAGGGGGUCUUCAGGUGGACAUAGACGACAGUCGACAAAAGCAGGGCAACAUGAAGGGCGAGCUGAAGAAGUUCAUGGAUAUUCUGGACGGGAAGCUAGACGAGCUGCACGAGUUCAGGCAGGGGCUCUCCAAGCUAGGUGUGGAUAACUGAGAAAAGUGGCACCGAGUUGAAAGGGUCAGAUGUCAGGUACGAAGGAUUCACUACAGUAUGUCUUCAGGGCAGAAACUAUGUGGCACCUACUCCCCCAAGGUGAUGUCCACUCAGCUUCUAAUAAACACAACCAUGUGAGAAAGAGAUUUUAUUUGGAGAGGGAGGGAGAGACUGGCAGGAGGGAGGCCAGCGUGCUCCACCAAACGGCUCCAUUUUGUACGCUGGCGUUCUGAAACUAAAUCAAGAGUCACACUUUGAGCUUACUUACCCGUUUCUGUGAGGGGGGGGGGCGGUUUUAAAAAGCUGGUGGUGGGUUGUUAGAUUCUGUCCAUCUGUUUUUUUCCUGAAGGCUGCGGCGCUUCUUCACAGGCAGUCGGAGUUUAGAAUAGAGGAGGGGACUUAAAAGGGCUAAAAUGAACACACACACACACACACACACACACACACACACACACACACACACACACACACACACACACACACACACACACACACACACAAUGCUGUUCAGCAUCACUCAAGUAAUAAUUGGUGUUAAUCCUUGUGGCCCCCUCAGAGAAUUAGCGAUGAAAUCUUUCCACAGACUGUCCUUGCUGUUGCCUCUCGUCUAUCUCAGGUGCGUUGGAAGACAGUUUGUACUCAUUAGAUUAUAUGCACAUAUGUGACAGAAGGCCGUGACACAAAGUGCCUCCAGGUGAGUCUGAAUCCACCUGGCGAGGAGAACUGGCCAAGUGAUGACCAUCACCAUAAUAACAACUCGAUUUUUGCGAGAAACCCCGACGAAAAGAAAACCCUCGCGAAUGAAACGCGAUGAAAAGCGCAGGCAGGCGGGCCCGUCCUGAGGACGUGGCGACAAACUCAACACAGGUGUUUGCACAAAAAAAAAAAAAAAAAAAACGACUGCGAGACGGGACUGCAGCAGGAACUCAUCAACUCACUUGUGGGUAAAACACAGUUUAAUUAUAUUUGCAUAAAAAAGGAAAACUUUGUCUCAGGAGCUUUCCUUCAGAAACAUCCGAAAUAACAGGAAGCCCGUUUUGCCAUGAGUGUAGUGUCGCGUGCAAAAGAUUUCGUGUGUGCAAUAGUAUUGUUGCCCGUUUGUAGAACAAAGACGUACUGUGUGUCUCCAAGGCUGUUGACGUGCUUCCUACACACUAGUUUUUGUUAUGGUGGUGGUUAUUUUGGGGUGAGGGGACUUGGUGCUGCUCAGUGGGUAAAUAAUGUGAAAGUGUACUUCAUUGAAAACAUUUAGAUGGCAUGGGCCUUUUCACCACAGCCCUGCCAGAGUCUUGGUUUUUAUUUGACAUAUUUAUUUAUUUUGGUGCCUCUCGACAUCUGGUGUUUCUAGAACAUACAAAGUUAAAUCAACCUUAACCUAAUGUCUCUAUAGAUGUACAAUAAUAUAUAAAAUCUACCAAAUUGUCAGGAUUCACUGGUUUUGUUUGCAGAUUUAGUUUUGCAGGAUGGCGUCACCGCUGCUUUUUUGGGAGUUCACCUUUAAGGGCACGCGUUGUCGUGGCAUAUUUACCGGGUAAUACGAUGUUAUAAGUCUAUUUUUUCAUCACUGUUUUGAUCUUGUCAUAAGAUGAUAUCUACGAAGGGACUUGUUGCUUCUCUCUGUUUUGCCCUACUGUUCAUACGUCACCUGAACCUGGAUAACACAAUGUAUGAUCCUUCCUUUUGAACCAAUGCCUCUUGUGCACUUUUGUGACUCCUGUUCAAUAUUGUACAAUAGAACUGACAAUUGUUAAAAUUUAGUUUAAUUACAA